CCCUCAUUUCAAAGCCUGUUAGCACAUGACAGGCUCCUUUCAAGGGAAGGCAGUCCUCUCCACCGCUUCUCUCUGUGGUCUUUAAGUUAGUUCAGAAUCCAGAUAAGCCUUGGUCUGAGGAUGAGCUAACUGCAGCAGGCGCCAUGGGACCCUCUAGAGUAAUCAGGAAGAAGACUUCCAAAACCUGAUGUGAUGUCUCCUGCUGGAGACGAGGCCCGAGGAGAGAACGAACACAUGCCGGCGAAUCACCCUUCCACACAGAUCUACCAGCUGCAGGCCCUGGCCUCGGAACUGAAGACUGGCUUCACGGAAGCGAUGCAGGAACUGACGCGGAUCCAGCAUGGAGAGUAUGCCCUGGAGGAGAAGGUCAAGAGCUGCAGGUGUUCCAUGGAGGAGAAAGUCACCGAGAUGAAGAAUUCCUUAAACUACUUCAAGGAAGAGCUGAGCAACGCAAUGUCCAUGAUUCAGGCCAUCACUUCCAAACAAGAAGAAAUGCAGCAGAAAAUCGAGCAGCUUCAACAGGAGAAGCGAAGAGAAUCUCGAAAAGUUAAAGCCAAGAAAGCUCAAAAGGAAGAGCAUGGCGCACAGGCUGGGCCUGCAUCUGCGCCCACCUCGGCGGCUGCCCAAGGAAGCCCCUUCCGCUCCAUUAAUGUCCCUGAGUCCGGUCUCCCCAGUGAAGACUUCACCAACAUUUUGCCUUCUCAGACCUAUGAAAAAGCCCAGGAGUCAAGAUCUGUUCAUGUAGGAGAUGGCAAUGUGAAGGGAGUGAUGGGUCCUGGAGUAAACCCAACAACUCCAGAACCAGAUGAAAGCCUUAAGCCUUCUCUCUCAGCUGAGAUCCAGUCCAAGGGCCACCACACAUCUGGGCUGUGGAGACAGCCUAAGGAUGGGAAAGAAUGGGGCGAGGAAUAUGUCACAAAAGAUCACCCAGAUAAACUCAAGGAAGCUGGCCAGGGUAGACACAGCUCCUUGGAAAAUGUUUUAUGUGAAACCUCUUUAGCUGCAAAAAGGCAAACUGUGGCUCUAGAGCUGCUUGAAUCUGAGCGGAAAUAUGUCAUUAACAUCUCUCUGAUCCUGAAGAUAAAGGCAACCUUCCAGGGCUCAGAUGGAAAGAGGAAUUCCAAGGAGAGAAGCCUCUUUCCUGGCUCUUUGCGCUACCUUGUCCAGCAGCACUUGGAUUUGCUUCAUGCACUGCAGGAGAGGGUCCUGAAAUGGCCACGCCAAGGAGUCCUUGGAGAUUUAUUCCUGAAGUUGACAAAUGAUGAGAAUAAUUUCUUGGAUUAUUACGUUGCCUACCUGAGGGAUUUGCCUGAAUGCAUCUCAUUGGUUCAUGUUGUGGUUCUGAAGGAGGGUGAUGAAGAGAUUAAAUCUGAUAUCUACACCCUCUUUUUCCACAUAGUGCAGCGCAUCCCCGAAUAUCUGAUACAUCUGCAGAAUGUUCUGAAGUUUACAGAGCAGGAGCACCCUGACUACUAUCUCCUCCUCGUGUGUGUUCAGCGCCUCCGAGUGUUUAUCUCUCAUUAUACCCUGCUGUUUCAGUGCAAUGAAGAUUUGCUUAUUCAGAAACGAAAGAAGCUCAAAAAGUCAUCCAUGGCCAAGCUGUAUAAAGGGCUGGCUUCCCAGUGUGCCAAUGCUGGCCAAGAUGUAUCCCCCACUGCAGGCCCGGAGGCUGUCCGAGACAGUGGGAUUCACUCAGAAGAAAUCCUCCAACCCUAUCCUUCUGCUCCCAGUUCCGCCCCUGCUGUCACCCACUUGAUGCCUUCAGCGAAGAAAGGCCAACAGCAGCAGAGCCUCAUGGAGAGCAUGCAGCCCGGCAAGCCGGGGGACUGGGAGAUGGAGGGCAGAAAGCACGAGCGGCCGGAGGGCCUGCUGGCGCCGGCGCAGUUCUGCGCGGCCGAGCAGGACGUGAAGGCGCUCGCCGGACCGCUGCAGGCCAUCCCGGAGAUGGACUUCGAGCCGUCCCCCGCCGAGCCGCUGGGCAACGUGGAGCGCUCGCUGCGCGGCCCGCCCGAGCUCCUGCCCGACGCGCGGGGCUUCGUGCCCGCCGGCUACGAGGAGUUCGAGUACGGGGGCGAGCUCUUCGCGCUGCCCGCGCCCUACGACGAGGAGCCCUUCCAGGCGCCGGCGCUCUUCGACAACUGCUCGCCCGCCUCCUCCGAGUCCAGCCUGGACAUCUGCUUCCUGCGGCCCGUCAGCUUCGCCAUGGAGGCCGAGCGGCCCGAGCACGCGCUGCAGCCGCUGCCCAAGAGCGCCACGUCGCCGGCAAGCAGCAGCGGCGCCUACAAGCUGGAGGCGGCGGCGGCAGCGCAGGCGCAGGCGCAGGCGCACGGCAAGGCCAAGCCGCUGAGCCGCUCCCUCAAGGAGUUCCCGCGCACGCCGCCCGCCGAGGGCGUGGCCCCGCGCCUCUACAGCACGCGCAGCAGCAGCGGCGGCCGCGCGCCGCUCAAGGUCGAGCGCGCCGCCGCGCCGCACGGGCCCGCCGCCGCCGCCGCCGCCUCCCGCGGGGCGCCGCGGACCUUCUUCCCCCAACAGAGGUCCCAAAGCGAAAAACAGACCUAUUUGGAAGUAAGGAGGGAUAUGCACUUAGAGGAUGCCACCCGAUUCUGUCCAAAGGAAGAAAGAGAGAGUGAGCAGACUUCUUUCAGCGAUCAAAAUCCCAGGCAAGACCAGAAAGGGGGCUUUCGAAGCUCCUUCCGCAAGCUCUUUAAAAAGAAGGGCUUGUUUGGCUGGUGGCCCCACACACCCAGAAUGCUGCUUCGGGAUGAAGCUAGGCAUGGAACCAGAUGCAACAGAAAACCCGAGAAAGGGUUCUCUUCCCUCUGAGGCUGGGAGGGCCGAAUGCUCAUGCCCACAAGGAUUCAAAAGGCAGAGUCAAGUUGACAUCAUAAAAAAUAUUCUGAAAAAGUGCCCACGAUAUUUGAGGAAAAGGAUAACCCUUUUAUUGUUCCCAUCUCAGGCACACUUGCCCUGGGUAGAUACCAGGUCAUAGACCCCUGAAAGCUGUACAGAAUUGGUCAGAAUGAAGCCUACUAACUUAAGGUCUGAGAAUGUUAAAUGACUUUACACAUUCUAAAUGUGAUCCUUAGAACAGAGCUGACAUGAAAGGCUAAUGCUUGACUGAGUACUUAACUCUCUUGUCCUUGAGUAAGAUGAAAGACCAAACUCUCCCCUUUAGAAGAAUAUAUAUGGACGCUGUCAAAGACUUAAACCCAGACUGUUGUUAAAGCUGAGGCAAAUGGGUUUGCACUUUUAUGUGUUAAUCUUAUACUUGACUAAGCGAGUACUCUUGGCUGGGGUGUAGCAGUGGGGAAGAGAUCGUGUAAAACAGCUUUGGAGCAGGGAGGAUAGAUGGUGCCUCCCCAUUAUAGUAUCAAUUUUGUGGUCAGUAGAAGAUAAAGAAUAUGGCAUCCAUCUACUGAUUAUAUUUCUUUCACCCUUUUCUCUUCCUCUCUACUACUUCAUAAUUUAUAUGAUUAUUCUAUUCCAGCCAUCAUACUCCCUCCACCAAUUGCAUCUACUCUAUUUUAUUCAAUACACAUGGUCUGGAGUACUUCCGUAGGGCCCAUAUAUUUGACUGUCAGUAAGUCCUUUUCGUUUGGUGUCUUCUCAACAGUUUUUGCAUAUGCCUCCCUGUGGAACAGUCCAUAUAACAGAAAGCAGGAUUCUAAAAAUCAGUUGGUCAUUUUAUAAUAAUUUUCUCUACCUCGUAAAACCCAAACCAAGUCCCACUGAUCCUCUUACUCAUUUUGCAGUUCUAUCAUAUCUCACUUAAUUUCCUAUGUGAAUUGCAAAUUCAAGAAGGGAUGCUUUGAAGGGAGGAGUGCUUUAGGUUUACAGCUCUGAUUGGGAAUGCUUCUCAGUAGGUCAUCUGAAGUCAGUGAAGUGUCUUCAGUGUACUAGGUUCUGCCCAGCACAAAGCAAGUAGAAGAAAUAGCUCCUGCCCAUUUGGAGCAUAUAGUUCAAUGUAAGGGUAGUAUAGGUACAAGUUAUAGCAUAUUGCACAUAGUAAGAGAAUGCUUUUUCACCACCCUGUGCAUGCCAUGGUUGACUGACUUGACUAAUAUAACAGGUGCUUCGCUUCCUCCGACCUUCUUCACCUGAAUGUCCUAACACUUUCAAUGAGGGUCUUUUACAACAAAGAACCAGCUCUUUUUAUGUCAGAGAUUUUUUCUGGUUUAUCUGUAGUAAAGUUGUGCUUAACUGAACCACCCAAUUUGCAAUUUUCUUUUUCUCUGUCACUUGAAGGAAAGUUAUCAACAAGUCCAUUCUGUUUCCCCUUUCUGUCAAAUUAUUGGAUGACUUUGUGUCUGAAUAUAUUGACAGCCACUGUAUUCUGCCCAGAGUUCCUGCCUGUCCCUUCAGUAUCUGCUUAGAUAUGCCCUGCAGUCUGUCGUGAUGGUGUCUGGUGUUCAGAGGCAAUUUCUGUGUUUUAUAAAGAAAGAGAAUAAAAAGAAAACACACUAUCUCUUUCUCCUAGAUUUUGUAGGGGUUUUUCCUACUUAUUUACAGCCACACUCUUAGAAGAAUCCAGGCAUACCUGUGGUAUGUUGAGCAUUAUAAAAGUCAGCUGAAAUUGUCUUGAUAAAAGGUGAAAAUGAGCUUUGAAUCAUUGCUGUAGUAGAAUUGUGUAUUUUGAAAACUAAUAGUAAGUUAGCCACUAGUUACUUAGCAAUUAAUAUUCAGAAAUGAAGUUGUUCAUACUGGAAACAAAGAGAAGGUACAUUUUAUAAGAGCAGUUAAAAGAGUCUGAGCUGAGUUUGUGGAAACUAGAC